CUCGGCGUACCCAGAAGCUCUCCGUUAAUUGCCUUCGGCCACUGGUGGUUGGACUUGGAAAGUUGGAAGCACCUCUGCUGCCCCUCCCCCCUCUGUCCUCCGCCGCGGCCUCGGCCUCGCCGCCGUAGAGCAAUGGAGCGGCGAUCCAGAAUCCGCUUCUCGCCCUCCGAGAUUGCCCGGAUGGAGAAAUUGGUUUCAAACAGGAAAGAGCGAGUCUUUGAUGAGAAUUUCUGCCGGAAGCUUGCUGAAGAAUUUAAUCGUUCUGCAGCCCGAGUCGGAAGUAGAGCACUACAGCCUACACAGGUUAAAGGAUGGUUCCUUGAUAAGUUCCCAGCAUCAACUACUAAACCUACAUGCUUGCUUACUAUUUCUGAAGAAGAAAAGACUUUAGCCUCGGAAGCAGAUGCAUUUGUUUCUGAGAUAAAGACUCCAGUUUCUGAAGGAAAAGUUUUAGGUCUUGAUACUAGUAUUUCAAACAAUGAGGAUGCACUUUCUAUGGAUUUACCCAAAGAUACUACAGAUAAGGUUCCUGAACUAGAAAACUUGCAAUUUGAGGCUAGGUCGUCAAAGGAUUUUGCAUGGUACGACAUUGACAAUUUCAUGGCACACAGGACGACAAGUUCCGGCGAAGUUGAAGUCUACGUAAGGUUUGCUGGAUUUGGGGCAGAAGAGGAUGAGUGGGUGAAUGUCAGAAAGUCUAUCCGCCAGCAAUCCAUUCCUCUAGAGUCCUCAGAGUGCCGAAACAUUGCCACAGGAGAUCUUGUCCUGUGCUUCAAGGAGAGCAACGAUGAUGCAUUGCAUUUUGACGGGCAUGUUCUAGAUAUCCAGCGGAAACAGCAUGAUAUACGGGGAUGCAGGUGUGUCUUCCUUGUCGAAUAUGAUCAUGAUGGAAGUCAGGAGAGGGUGAACUUGAAGAGACUGUCCCGGCGGCCAAAGUACCUUUGAUGGCUUGUGCUAUGGUGGAUCUGCUUGUUGCCGCUAUUCGCGCUUAUUGACCUAACAGGAGCCUCAAACUCGUCGAGACUGAACUCUAGUGUUGAUGUGUAUACUAACCACCCGCAGGAACACUUUUAGUCCUCUUUGGCACAUUGGUACUGUAACGGCUCCUUGAUAGCCAUUUUUUGUAGGACACGUGAGAAAGUUGGUGGCAAUGUGGGGAGAGAGUCGGAUUCUAGCCCAAUGUGUUGGCGCAAGAUACCAUGGCAGUGCUCACCAUUCCUGACCUCUCUUAUCUUGUGAUUUGCAACUGUCUCUGAAUGCUUGAUUUGGACACUCGGUCUCACGAGGAAGUUGGCGCUGGAAA